GGCUGCAGAAAAUGGUAAUGUAGAAUUCAUAAAGAAAAUAGCAAGAGCAAAUCCAGAACUGAUUUGGAGUAGUAAUGAGGUAGCCACAAAUGUGUUUCAAAAUGCAAUUAAACAUCGUGAAGCCAAAGUUUUCAGCCUUAUAUAUGGUCUUCAUUGCAAACUGUGUUCAUAAGACCUCUAGAUUCACCAUGCUACAUAUGGCUGGAGAACUAGCACCUACACAAGUAUUGAACCUUAUUCCUGGAUCAGCUUUACAAAUGCAAAGACAAUUACAAUGGUUUAAGGUAAUUAUUAAUAUCCCUUUAUUGUUAUUAUUGUUGUUCUUGUUAUCUUACAUUAAUAGAUCAUCUGCUAUUAUACUUGAAGUUGAGACAUUUGCAGGUCAAGCCAUUGAAUAUGAAGAUAGUAAUAAACAAAAACCAAAAGAUGUGUUUACAGAAAAUCACUCUAACUUGAUGAUCAAUGGAGAAACUUGGAUGAAAGAGACAUCACAAUCAUGUACAAUUGUAGGUGCACUUAUUGUUACAAUUAUGUUCACAGCUGCAUUUACAGUUCCAGGUGGAAACAAUCAAGACUCUGGCUAUCCAAUAUUUUUAAAUAAAAUCUUGUUCAAGAUUUUUAUGUCCUCAGAUGCAAUAUCCCUCUUUUCUUCAACCACUUCAGUGUUAAUGUUUCUUAGUAUUCUUACCUCUCGCUACACAGAAGAAGAUUUUUUAUAUUCCUUACCAAAUAAAAUGAUCAUAGGGUUAUGUACUCUUAUCCUAUCCCUUUUAACCAUGAUGAUAGCCUUUUGUGCUACCCUUUCUAUCAUGUUUCAAGCCCAAUAUUGGAUUCUUGUACCGGUUACUUCCUUCGCUUCUAUUCCGGUUUUAUUUUUUAUAUGGGUUCAAUCUCGUCCUUUACGUCAAAUGAUUAUGUCUACUUAUGGACCAAGUAUUUUCGAUAGGAACGUCAAGCCUUGGUUGUACAACAACGAUGGCUAGAAACAGCAACCGACCUAGUUCUCAUAUUUAUAUCUGGUUUACUUGUAAGUUUUACGAAAGUCUCAUUACUUUUAUAUAUUUUUUAGUUAGAAUUUAGAGGUGUGUAAUGAUACAUUUUUUUUUAAUAACUAUUAUAUUUGGUUUUGUUGGAAUA